AUGCAACCUGGUAAUCAGGCCAUGACAGUAGGUCUGAGUAAAGAGAUAAGGAUUGGCAAACAUGCUAAGCAGCAUGGGAACAUCAGCAGCUUGAAUUACCCUAAUAUUCAACAACGCCAACAAAUCUAUCAGCAACCAGCUACCUACUUUCUCUCUACAGAAGCUAAGGAUUAG